UCCGCUCCUCCUCAAAACACUCGUUGCAAUGGCCGCCGUCGAUGUUGAAGAAGUCCGCGCGACUUCGUAUGUUGGUUUCGAUACUAUCACGCAGCAGAUCGAGCACAAGCUCUUGAAGCGUGGUUUCCAAUUUAAUGUCAUUGUCGUUGGUCAGACUGGUCUCGGAAAAUCUACGAUGAUUAACUCGAUUUUUGCGUCGCAUUUGAUUGACUCGAAAGGUCGGUUUGAGAAUGACGAGCCUAUUCGGCAGACGACCGAGAUUCAGGCAGCCUCUCAUGUUAUUACUGAGAAUGGUGUAAGGCUGCGGUUGAAUAUCGUUGACACGCCUGGAUACGGAGACAUGGUCAACAACGAGAACUGCUGGGAUCCAAUUGUAAAAUACAUUAAGGACCAACACAGCGCGUACCUUCGCAAGGAGCUCACUGCUGUUCGCGACCGCUACAUCCAGGAUACGCGUAUCCACUGCUGCCUGUACUUCAUCAACCCGACUGGCCACUCGCUUCGUCCCAUUGACAUCAUUGUCAUGAAGAAGUUGAGCGAAGUCGUCAACGUUGUCCCAGUCAUUGCGAAGGCGGACAGCUUGACAAUGGAGGAACGCGACCUUUUCAAGCAGAGGAUUCGUGCUGAGCUGGUAUAUCACAAUAUCGUUCUAUAUCCUUUCGACACGGACGAGAAUGAUGAUGAGGAGCUCCGCCUUAACGAGAGAAUCCGGAACAUGAUUCCUUUCGCUGUUGUCGGUUCAGAGCGAAAUGUUCUCAUCGACGGCAUGCAAGUACGCGGCCGCAAGAACAGGUGGGGUGUCAUCAACAUCGAGGAUGAGAACCACUGCGAGUUCGUCUACCUCAGGAACUUCCUCACGCGCACGCACCUCCAAGAUUUGAUUGAGACAACUGCGCAGAUUCAUUACGAGGCCUUCCGUUCGAAGCAACUGUUGGCACUGAAGGAGAAUGCGAAGGAGCAACCGCGCCCUGCACCUGCCGCUUAAAAUCCUAGCCAAAAAGUACCCGGAUUAGCCCUUCCCACGUUCUUAUUGGUUGCUGUCUCGAUUCCUUAUGUUCUGGACUUUUCUCGUAUACGAGGAGCUUGUUAUUGAUAUUUUUUAUACCCUUAUACAACCGCUACUUCGUGACUCGAUGCAGAAGUGUGCAGCGUGCCGAAACCUUCCACUCCUUUAAACGCAAUGAUCUGAUGUUUAAUUUCAUCCCGUUCGUUGCGUUGUUCCUAUUCUCCACGUUUCCUCUUUCCGUUAGCCUGUUUUUUGGUGUCUUAAGCUUGUUAUCCCGUCGUGUGUCGGUCCUUAGUUUUCUUUACUAUUGCUUCUCUACACGC